AGGACCCUUAUCCCGAAGAGAGAAAACCCUAUAGAAGGCUGCCAAGUCAGCAGCAAGGAUCUCUAGUGUAUCCAUUACUGGCAUUCUAAACGCCACAAGCUUCUCACCGCAAUCUCCCCUCCCUCGUUUAUAUUCGCCCAAAAAUUUCCACCCACCCACCUGCCAUCUGCUAAUCACACAAUCGAAACGCUAUCAGGCAAUCACAGAUCUAAGGCUCGCCUCUAAUAACUGCAAAGAUGGCCGCCGCCAUGAUGUCCGCUACUCUCCCGCAGUUCAGCGGGCUCAGAACCCAGACCUCACUCUCCCCCGUCAACAAAUCCCUGGCAGCUGUUGUGCCGAUGAGACGCGGCAGGGGAAAUGGAGCAUUGGGUGCUCGUAUGGACUUUAUUGGCUCGCCCACUAACUUGAUAAUGGUGACGGCGACGAGCUUGAUGCUGUUUGCUGGGAGAUUUGGGCUGGCACCGUCGGCAAACAGGAAGGCGACGGCAGGGCUGAAGCUGGAGGCGAGGGACUCCGGGCUACAAACAGGGGACCCAGCUGGGUUCACGCUCGCCGACACCUUGGCUUGCGGUACCGUCGGCCACAUCAUUGGCGUUGGAGUUGUUCUUGGCCUCAAGAACAUUGGAGCUCUGUAAAAGAGAAGGAAAUUGUUAAUUGUCAACGACAUUGUCUACCAAUUCCAGUAAUUUCGUUCACCCAUGCUUCUUGGCUAGCUGUACAUGAUCGUAAUGCGUAUUAUUCCUUUCGAUCGCGGAAUACGUUUCGAAUUGUGUUGCGGAGUUGUGUGUAAUGGAACCGUUAUCCCAAUCGUUUACUGAGAGGAUGAUGAGCUUGAUCGCGCGUAUUUUGAUGUUAUAAGGUUUGCAGGAUCAAGAGAGCUUAUGAGGUUCACUCAACCAGGUAAGAAUCAAGCCAGCUCUCUCGAGCCUAACUAGUCGAGCAUGUCUAACAACAUCUUCGGGAUUAGGGUUUUCGAGGAUGUAAGUUGCUUUCUCCAUUCUUCUCAUUCAUCACAUAGUGUGAUGCUACGGUCAGUGGCGGAUCCAGGACAUAGUAGAGCACUGAGCCGUAUUUUAUUAUAAAACUAGAUACCGUAAAAAAUCAUAGUUUUUUACGAUCUCAAUUGUACAUGUCGAUCUUUUAAUGUUUUGAAUAUCAAUAAUGGAGUCUACAUCCAUACAAAUAGCAUACUAUUCUCUUUCAAAUAAAAUAGUUAACCAAUCGGCGAUCAAUUCAUCGCUCAUUUUGUUGCGCAAAUCAUUUUUCACCUGUUCCAUUAUUGAAAAGGUUAUCUCCAUAGUAGCUGUUGAAGCGGAC